AUGGAGGGUGAGAAGGUACUUAUGAAAGUUUCACCUAUGAAGCGCGUGAUGAGGUUUGGGAAGAAGUGCAAUUUGAUUUCGAAGUUUAUUGGACCAUUUGAGGUGUUGGAGAGAGUUGGUGAGGUUGCUUAUAGGCUUGAUUUGCCUCCUAUACUAGCGGAAUUACAUCUAGUAUUUUAUGUUUAUAUUCUUUGGAGGUAUAAUGAAGAUAAGUCACAUGUUUUGGACUUCCGCACAACAUAUUUAGAAGAGAAUUUGGACUACAUAGAAGAGCCGGUAGCUAUUUUGGAUAGGCAGGUUCGGAAGCUAAGGCCAAAGGAGACUGCUUUGGUGGAGGUUGAUUUGAUGUUUAUAAGACAUCCCGAUAUGGAGGAUUUGUUUUUUGAAGAGUUCGGGAGUGCUUUGGAACACUUAGUUCCUAACUAG